CGUUGAUCGAACCGACAAGGGUUGGUUGGGCAAUACACCGACCGGGUCAACUCGAUGGAGGAUGAGGCGGGUCCAGUUAUCCUGAGCAAGGUGCAGACAGUCAUCACGCACUUCUUCAGCGGAACCGUCGCUGGUGUCACUGGCGCAGUGGCGGGGUACCCGUUGGACACGAUCAAGUCUCGCAUGCAGACUCAAAUGCACCUGCCGUCGGCAGGUGCGACAGGUCGACGUGUCACUCCUGUGCAAGCUCUCGUGCAUUCAAUCCGACAAGAGGGCUUCCUGUCACUCUACCGUGGCGCCUCCACGCAAGUCGCGCGGCAGGCGAUUGGGUGCUCCAUGUUGUUUGGCCUCAUGGCCCAGUUCAAGUGGCUAUUCUACACUCCGUCUGCCGGGGCGGGGUCACCAGAAGCACAUCCUCAAGCAGUCUUGACUGCGUCUGCCGCGUGCACCGGUGUCGUCGAAGCGUCCAUCUAUUGCCCCUUUGAAAUAACCAUGAUUCGCAUGCAGACCCAAGCCAUCACGAACCAAACAACUCCCCAAUGUGCUGCUCAAAUCUUCUCGCAGUACGGUGUUCGCAACGGACUCUAUCGCGGGUUCGUGCCAACGGGCUGCCGUGAAGUGGUUGGCAAUACCAUCUACUUUCUCACAUACGACCGUAUCAAGGAACUGCUUCAAGCCAAGACGACCAUGUCUCCGAUGCAAGUGUACGGGGCGUCCGGUGCCGUUGCCGGCUUUAUGUACUGGUGUGCGAGUUUCCCGCUAGACACGAUCAAGUCGGUCGUCCAGGCAGACGCUCUCGACCCUCGCCAUCGACAGUACCGAGGGACGUUGGAUUGCGCGGCCAAGCUUUUCCAAGAAGGCGGGGUCGGUCGGUUCUUCCGUGGCCUCACGCCGUGCCUCGUCCGCGCGAUGCCGAUCAAUGGCAUCCAGUUCAUGUCGUUCGAGAAAAGUGUCGAGUUGCUCACGCCGCUGUGGCCCCAUCGCAACGUGUCCGCAGUCGACGAUACACGAUAAGUCACUUUGGCAAUGCUCGGCAUGACGCUUCUGACCUUUAGCAAGUUGGCGAUAUCGCAUGCGCAUGCUACACAGAUUCGCGAUUCGAACAAUGCACUCAUGGCCAAGUGCAAAAAAAAAUGC